GCAGUCUGCACAUCACCCAGCGCAUGAGAAGGAAUGAUGACUCCAUGAGGGAACUUCUUUUCAAUCACUCAUUCACUCAGUCAUGUCUCAUGAUGCUCCCAGCCAAUAAUGUGCCAUUCACCUAGACUGGGAUUUACCCUGUGAAAGGGAGAGAUAGAACAUGAGUCCUAAACAUAACCUCAGGCUCUUUCUUUUGCAUCAUUUUUGGUGUAUUUAUAUGUAGAACCCUGAGCAUUGGGCACAUGCACUGUUAAACCCUCUUUGCUAGAUCCAAGAGCUGCAGCUGUGUGUUGGACUCUGAUAUUUUCUCAUCGUCAUCAUGGCUUCAGUUUGGAAGAGACUGCAACGUGUUGGGAAACAUGCAUCCAAGUUCCAGUUUGUGGCCUCUUACCAGGAGCUGAUGGUCGAGUGCACCAAGAAAUGGCAGCCAGAUAAACUAGUGGUGGUUUGGACAAGAAGAAGCCGAAGGAAAUCUUCUAAGGCCCAUAGCUGGCAACCUGGAAUCAAAAAUCCAUACCGUGGUGUGGUGGUGUGGCCUGUUCCUGAAAACAUUGAAAUCACUGUGACACUUUUUAAGGAUCCCCAUGCUGAAGAAUUUGAAGACAAAGAGUGGACAUUUGUCAUAGAGAAUGAAUCACCUUCUGGACGCAGAAAAGCACUUGCCACCAGCAGCAUCAACAUGAAGCAAUAUGCAAGCCCCAUGCCUACACAGACAGAUGUCAAGUUAAAAUUCAAGCCUUUGUCUAAGAAAGUUGUAUCUGCUACCCUUCAGUUCUCAUUAUCGUGUAUUUUCCUGAGGGAAGGAAAAGCUACAGAUGAAGACAUGCAAAGCCUGGCUAGUUUGAUGAGUAUGAAGCAAGCCGACAUUGGAAAUUUAGAUGAUUUUGAGGAAGACAAUGAAGAAGAUGAAGAGAACAGAGUGAAUCAGGAGGAAAAGGCUGCAAAAAUUACAGAGCUUAUCAACAAGCUUAAUUUUUUGGAUGAAGAGGAGCAAGACUUGGCCAAUUCCAGUUCGAAUCCAUUUGAAGAUCCUGAUGCAGCAGAAUUAAACCCAUUUGAAGAUCCUGAUGCAGAAGACCACGAUACUGAAACAGCUUCAUCUUCAAAACCAGAAGACUCUCACUAUAGCGAUAAUUCUAAUCCCUUUAAAGAGGAAGGUGCUCCAGAGUACUUGAACCCAUUUGAUGAGCCAGAUCCUGAACCUGAAAUGUUUGUAACUGUCAAAGAUUAUCCUCCACAACCUGCAAAAAGGAAAAAUGUAAGACCGGUGGACAUGAGUAAAUACCUCUAUGCAGAUACUACUAAAACUGAAGAGGAAGAGUUAGAUGAAUCAAAUCCAUUUUAUGAACCAAAACCAAGCCCUGCUUUAAAUAAUCAAGUUACUACACUGCAAGAAGCAGAAAAGAUGAAAAGAAAGGCUCCUGCACCACCAGUCUUCUCACCAAAGACAGAGACAGGAAUGAGUGAGAAUGUGUCAGCUGUUCCUGCAGUGAAGGAGCUUUCUUCUUCUCCUAAGCCAAGCCCAGUACCAAGUCCUGUUUUGGGGAGAAAGCCAAAUGCUAGUCAGUCACUGCUUGUAUGGUGCAAAGAAGUUACAAAAAACUAUAGGGGAGUGAAAAUCACCAAUUUUACUACAUCAUGGAGAAAUGGUUUAUCUUUCUGUGCAAUAUUACACCACUUUAGGCCAGAUUUAAUUGACUACAAGUCCCUGAAUCCUCAAGAUAUUAAAGAGAACAACAAAAAGGCAUAUGAUGGGUUUGCCAAUAUAGGAAUAUCCCGAUUGCUGGAACCUUCUGACAUGGUUUUGUUAGCAAUUCCUGACAAACUGACCGUUAUGACUUAUCUCUAUCAAAUAAGGGCACAUUUCAGUGGCCAAGAACUAAAUGUGGUUCAGAUAGAGGAGAACAGUAGUAAAAGCACGUAUAAAGUAGGUAACUAUGAAACGGACACAAACAGUUCUGUUGAUCAGGAAAAGUUCUAUGCAGAGCUUAAUGAUCUGAACCGAGAGCCUGAACUGCACCAGCCUGAAAGUGGUUUGGCAGACUUCGUUUCGCAGGAUGACUCUGUAUUUGUAAAUGACAGUGGUGUUGGAGAAUCAGAAAGUGAGCAUCAGACACCUGAUGACCAUUUAAGCCCAAGCACAACUGCCCCUUCUUCUCGCAGGACUAGAAGUGACACUGAUCCACAAAAAUCCCAGCAGAGCUCUGGAGGGACUUCUGGAUCUGAAGAGGCCAGGAAAUGUGGCAGUGCAGAUACAGAACAGGCACAGCCUUUGCUGGGAAGGAAGAAACUGCUGAAAGUCGACACUUUGGACUUGAGUGACUUGCCACAUGGCAGUGAUCAAAAAAAGGAUGAAUCUCCAACCGUUGUUUGUGAAGACGCUGACAAGAAAAGACACCAGAGUUCACACAGUCCCAUUAGUUUCUCAGAGCAAGAAAAGCUGCGACAUACAGGAUCCACAGAGAGCAGGAGAUCAGAUCCUGGCUCACCUGUCCAAAAAACAAGUUUAUCUCCCGCUUCUAAAGUUGGAUACUCUUAUAACAAGGAUGCAGAUCUUACAAAGAAAAAACAUGCUUCUCUGAAGCCAAUAGAGACCGAUUCUGACACUGACACCAGAACGGUUAUAAAUCACGCAGAUCAAACUGCAAAAACUGCACAGCAACGAAUGUUGUCCAGACAAGAAGAACUUAAAGAACGAGCAAGAGUUCUUCUUGAGCAAGCAAGAAGAGAUGCAGCUUUAAAGGCAGGGAAUAAACAGAUAACCAGUACUAUCACCCCAGCCCACGCUAAGCAGCUGAGCGAUCAGCAAGAUGAAGAGCGACGUCGGCAGCUGAGAGAGAGAGCUCGUCAACUAAUAGCAGAAGCUCGAUCUGGAGUGAAGAUGUCAGAACUUCCUGCCUACACUGAAAUGGCUGCAGAAAAGUUGAAAGAAAGGUCAAAGGCGUCUGGAGCAGAACAAAACAGUAAGUUGGUGGAUUUGAAGCUGAAGAAGCUCCUAGAAGCUCAGCCACAGGUGGCAAAUUCACUCUCCAGUGCGGCUCAGAAAGCUGUAACUGAUAGCUCAGAGCAAGACAUUAAGAAUGGAACAGAAGAACAUCGUGCUGAGCGAUUACAAAAAGCAACAGAACGUUUUAGAAAUCCUGUUGUGUUCAGCAAGGACUCUACAGUCAGGAAAACUCAGCUCCAGUCUUUCAGUCAAUAUGUUGAGAACCGACCAGAGAUGAAAAGGCAAAGAUCAAUACAGGAAGAUACAAAGAGAGGAAAUGAGGAGAAGGCAGCGAUAACUGAAACUCAGAGGAAGCCAUCAGAAGAUGAAGUGCUUAAUAAAGGGUUCAAAGACACCAGUCAGUAUGUUGUAGGAGAAUUGGCAGCACUAGAGAAUGAGCAAAAGCAAAUUGACACCCGUGCCGCGCUGGUGGAGAAGCGCCUUCGCUAUCUCAUGGACACAGGAAGGUACACAGAAGAAGAAGAAGCUAUGAUGCAGGAAUGGUUCAUGUUGGUUAAUAAGAAAAAUGCCUUAAUAAGAAGAAUGAAUCAGCUUUCUCUUCUGGAAAAAGAACAUGACCUAGAAAGGCGGUACGAACUGCUGAACCGAGAGUUAAGAGCAAUGCUUGCUAUCGAAGAUUGGCAAAAGAAUGAAGCCCAGAAAAGGCGAGAGCAGCUUUUGCUGGAUGAACUUGUUAUUCUCGUUAAUAAACGUGAUGCCCUGGUCAGAGAUUUGGACGCCCAAGAAAAACAGGCCGAAGAAGAAGAUGAACAUUUGGAAAGAACUCUUGAACAAAACAAAGGCAAGAUGGCCAAGAAAGAAGAGAAAUGUGUCCUUCAGUGACUGGCCUUCCUGGAGCAGAUGCAGUUGCAUUUUGUAGUCCAGACCUUUCUUACAUUUUUAAAAUACUGACCCCAAGACUGAAAAAAACAAUAUUACAAUUCAAUAGUUCAAAAAAAUUAAAACUUUUGCCCUUUUGUUAGGCCAGCUCUAUACUGCAUUGUUUUCUGGAUUUGUUAUUUUUUUUUUUCCACUCAAGCAAUAUUAUUCCAAACUAGCUUUGUAUUAUGAUUUAUUUGUGAGCUUAGUCAUCAUGUUGAAAUUCUGUUAAAUACAUUUGCACAGAAACAUUGUUGUGGUGAUGAUAUCAGAAAUGUUUAAGAGGAAAAAAAUAUGUCUGUCUGGAUUUCUUUAGCUGGAGGAGGAAUGAAUUUUGAAAUAAAUAUGUUUUUGUUGUCAUAGAAUUAUAGAGGGGAAAAUAGAAAACAAAAAUCAUUCUGAAUGGUUUCAUCUAGUCCUGCCAUAUGUAAUACUUAAUAUGCUAUCUAAAUUUUAUAGUUAGAUCAGAUUCAAUCCAGUUAUUAAAAUGUGCUAUAUUUACCAGUGUUUAUUUCAGCAGCAUUUUACAUUUUAUUGUAUGUAUAAUAUAAAUUAAGACUGUCUGAUUCGCUCAGAGACUAGUUCUUUAACAUAUGGUUUGAAAAAGAGCCUUGUGAUGUGAGAUGAGGCUAGUUGAAGUGCAUCAGUUUACAGAAACAUUUUGUCAUUAAAGGCUACGCCAUUUUUUAUAAUUAUUUAUUACAUCUAGUUUUGUUCCCGUCUCCAUUUUGUUGGACCUCUGCAUUGGCUCCAGGACGCUGUUCAUAUUUAUUCUGUACCUAUUAAAGUCUGUUCUGCCAUUGUGUGCAAACCCCCUCCCAAUUCAUGUUCCCUCCGCUUACAUCGCUCUCAUUUUUGUGACAACUGUUUAUUUAUUACAAGACUGAGUCAUAUAUAAAUUUUCAAUAAAAGCCGAA